CUCUAGUAGACUAACCAUCUCUGGCUUUCUGACAUGUAUGAAUUGAAAUUAAAAUUUCCAUAAAAACAACUCAUUUACUUGUCAAAAAUGCAUAAAAGUAAAUGUUGAUAAGGUUACAUUUUUGAGGUUAUGAAAGCACUAAUUAUCUGAUUUUCGACAGGAAACCGUGUGGAGGACUAUUUGUUCGAGAAGAUAGAAAAGAAGAAGCCAACACGUUUGACUAAUUUGGAGUAUUUAGGGAAUGAUAUGAUAGAAGCCGGUAACGAUUUUGGACCGGGGACGUCCUAUGGUAGUGCUUUAAUAAAGGUGGGGCAAUGCGAGCAGCGUAUAGGAGCAAUAGAGAAGGAAUUCAUAGCUUCCGCCAAUCACUGCUUUCUCUCUCCUCUAAGAAAGUUCCUCGAUGGUGAAAUGAAGACUAUUCUCAAAGAACGUGGACUAUUGGAGAGUAAAAGGUUGGAUCUAGAUGCGUGUAAGAGUCGAGUCCGCAAAGCCAGAUCAAUGCUUGGUCAGCCACCCAAUAAGGAUGGACUAAGUCCAGAGUUCUUACUUGAUCAGGCGGAACGCGACCUGAGAGUGGCGCAGUCCGAAUACGACCGUCAGGCUGAGAUCACCAAACUGCUGCUGGAAGGGGUGAACAGCUCCCAUGCCAGUCACCUGCGCAGUCUACACGAAUUCGUCGAUGCGCAGGUCACUUAUUACGAGCGAUGUCAUCACACCAUGCAACAGCUCAAGGCCGAAAUGCAGAGUUUGUCUGGAGCCCCGCCCGCUUCCGCAUCAUCUGCAUCCUUCCUGCAUUCCUCGAAUCACGUGGGGUCACAGGGGGGGCAGGGGGGACCCGUUACCCCCCCGGGAGCAACGGCAUCUCCCUCGGGGGGACAGCGUGCCAGGGUGCUCUGCGACUAUGACGCCAAAGAUCAGUCCGAACUCAGUCUUAUGACCGAUGAGGUGAUAACAGUUUUCAAAAUACCAGAAAGCGAGGACUACCUGAUGGGGGAACGGGGCACACAGCGGGGUAAAGUACCAGCGGUAUUUGUUGAAUUUCUAAAUUGAAACAACCCCAAAAAACCCAAAACUGUAUUCUUCAACCUUCUAUAUUCACUUAUGUAUCUGUGGUACGGAUUUCUGUAUUCUCUAGCAAUCUAUCA